UAAUCAGAUUUCCAUAUAUAUAUAUAUUAUGUUAAACAAUGUAUACUGGGAGGGAACUAAAAUUAUGAACAAAAAUAGGAACAUUGCUUCAUGCCUGUUUUUUUAUGCCUGAGAAAGCAUGUUGUCCAAAAUAUAGGAAUAAAAAUAUGUAGGAUGGAUGUUGUUUAGACACUUGGUAUUCCUUCUCAUGCAAAAUGCCCUUCCCAAUACCCAGAAAGGGCCCCAUAUAUCAUGCAGCUAAAGCUAUGUGACACUUAGGCAUGAAUACUGGUCUAGGCAUCUCAACUUCAUGCAUCUCAUAAAUAUGUCAUGUUGUCUCCUGAGGUCUGAAGUCUACAUCUUGUUGAUCAGCCCAUAUUUAAAAUGUCAAAAACAUGUGAGAGUUUCAUUGGGUGUCUGCAACAUUCUUUGUGGGUCUAUAAAACAGCCACACCACUCUCUGGGAAAAUCUGAUCUAUCUUCAGUACUGGGAAAGAUCAGGCUUCCACCGGACUGUUCUUUGGAGAGAAGCAUACUUUCCAGCCAUGAGAGGUGCAUCCUUCUCCCAGACAGCUUUGGCAGUCAGCGGCUCCAGCAAGAUGCGGGUCCAGAGCCCCUCCCCCUCCCGCUGCAGGACGGCGACUCACACCCGCGGCCGGUCCGGUUUCCAGGGCGCAGCGGUGGAGGUGGGGACGGAGAUACACCAGCUCCAGACUAACGAGAAAGAGCAGAUGAAGGAGCUGAAUGUUCGUUUCGCUGGUUACAUUGAGAAGGUCCAAGCUCUAGAACAACGUAACGCAGCCCUGCAGGCGGAACUGGCCGAUCUACAGGCUCGCUACGCAGGGGGACCUGGUCUGGAGUACGAGCUCCAGUUCAAAGAGCUGAAAGACCUGAUUGAGAAACUGACCAAUGAGAAGGGAGCAGCUGAUAUCGAAAGGGGCUACAUUGAGGAAGACAUGGAAAUGUGGAGGCUAAAACUAGAGGAGGAGCUGGCACUGAAAGAGGAGGCGGAGAUGUUGCUGCUGGCGUUCCGGCGGGACGUGGGCGGAGCCACUCUGCAGAGGGCGGAGCUGGAGCGGCGUGUGGAGCAGCUGCUGGCGGAAAUCCAGCUGGUGAAGCAGCUGCACAGCGAGGCGGUGGCCGACCUGCUCAAGCAGAUCGAGGACGCCAAGGUGAGGGCGGAGCUGGAGGCCGAGAGGCCAGACGUGGGGGCGUACCUGCACAGCAUCCGGGCCGAGAUCGAGCAGGUAGCCGCCCGCAACGUGCAGGAGGCCGAGAAGUGGUACAAGGGCAAGUUUGAGACCCUGAAGGAACAGGCGGGUAAACAUGAGAUCCGAAUGAAGUCCAUGCAGGAGCAGGUCACCAUCUUCCACAACCAGAUCACUGACCUUCAGAACCAGAUUGAGGGGCUCCGUUCACGCAAUGAACUCCUGGAGCUGCAGCUUCAGGACAUGGAGAUAAAUCAUCUGGACAAGGUGGCCAGCAUGCAACAACUCCUCGCCCAGUUGGACAGCCAGAUCUCGGAGACCAAGCUCGAGAUGAACAAAUACCUGCAGGACUACAACGAACUGCUGCACAUCAAACUGAAGCUGGAUGCUGAGAUCGCCACCUACAGGAUGCUGCUGGAAGGGGAAGAGAAAAGACUGGGGAUCUCUGAGGUCACAUCAGUAAGCAAGACUGGCUGUGAAGGAAUUCAACACGUCAUUGAAGACUGAAUUUUUAUCACAUGGAGAUAUUACAACAAUUGCAAGAACCAUUUUGUGGACUUACCAAUGCAAAUAUAGAAAUGGAAUGGAUGCCUGCCCUGCUAUGCAGUCCCCAGCCUUGUGUGGACCACAGCGUGUCCCCUCCUGACCCUCCUUAAUGUAACAAAAAGAAUAAUUUGCACGUGUAUGCCGAGCACUGCAGUGAACUGCGUAAUAAACCUUAACCUGACUGCAUGAA